AAAAAAGAAAAAAAGGCAGGUACACGAGAAUAAUCAGGUGAGUGAGAGGCAAGAGAGGAAGAAACAGAGGCAGGAGGGGGAAAAGCACGGACCAAACCUCGGCAGCUCUCCCCUCCCUUAUCCUCAUUGUCUCCUUCCGAGUGUGAUCGACUGGAGGGAGGUGCUCAAGCUGUGGAACAGGGAGAGACGAGCCAGUUCUGAGGGGAGAGGGCUUAGACGCACAACACGGGACACAUGGGCUGUUUUGUACCGUAAGUUGCUCUGCGGACCUGUUUCUUGAGGGGAGGUAAACAAGAAGGGCCGGACACAGGAGACGAACGGAGGAAUUCCAGGUCACAAGGGCUCCUGAGGCAGAGCUCAGUCCUGGCUGGGCUGAGCUGAGCUGGUAUUCAAACCCUCUUACGGACAUGAGCAUGAAAGAAAUGGGACCAGAAUAAACAUAUUCAUUCAGCGCGCGCGUUAAAUCAUAAAACCUAAAAGUUUUACUUUAAAGGGUCCACUUCUGGCCCUUAUGAUGGGGCCCUUCGCUGAGUUUGCCUGGUGGCUGCUGAUGGUGGUUUCCGCCCUCGGAGAGAACCAGCUAGUGGCUGGGGGGUGUUCGGGUAAGUGCUGCCGGGGCAGAGACCUGAGCUGCUCCACCACCGACUGGAGGAUGGACCGCGUCCACGGGACCUGCUACUGCGACGAGGGCUGCGUCAGAACCAACGACUGCUGCUUCGACUACUUCACAGAGUGUCCAGCUCAGGACUGUGUUGUGAGCGACUGGAGCUUCUGGAGCGGCUGCCUCAAACCCUGCCAGCCUUCACUGCGGGUCCGUGUCCGCCACACAGAGCAGCAGCCCAGAAACAGCGGCAAGCGCUGUCCUGGCCUGGAGCAACAAGCUGGAUGCAGGGAGUACAGAGACCACCGGGGCAUCCAGUGCGGAGUCAACUCAGGUCCUGCAUUCAUCACCAGCAUGGAGUUUGGCAAGAGGAGGCCCAAGCAUGACAGCUAUGGAAACCCCCUGGACCCCGGGUUCUGUGUGGAGUUCACUCUGCAGUCACGGACACCACACUGUACAGUGGAGCACCGGCCACACACGCACUGGAUGCGCUACAUAACAGAGGGCUUCAAAGUGUGUGUGGCAUGUGAGCCUCCUGCCAUGCGACACAAUAGCAGCGGCUGCCAAGGAGACGGGCAGGAAUCAGACAGAGAAGCUGUGCUCCACUGGCAGGCGAUGGGGAACCCUCGGUGCAGCGGGACGUGGAAAAAGAUCCAGAAAACCCACCAGUGCAACUGUCCUCCACAACACAGCUUUGUCUUUAUUUGAGAGUGAAAAAAACAAACAAAAAAAAACAUUUGACAGCUAAGACGUCCUCACCAAUGGACCUGCAGAUGCCUGGAGACCACAGCCUUUCAACACUAUAAGAGGACAUGUCUCUGUGUGGCAGUGCACUGUCUAUUAACACGUCUCAAUC